GCUGUCCUCAUGUCCUCCUUGGCAACCUUCUCUGGGGUCUUCCUCUUUUCCUGCUGCCCUGGAAAUGUCAGGAUCUUGAGCUCUGACACCUGCAGCUCCACCAGUACAUAGAAUAGAAUCAUUUAGUUUUUUGUACAUUGAGUGUAAUUCUUUCAAAUGAUGACGAUGAUGUCACAUUUCCCAUGUUGAUAUAUAUGUGUGUGUCUCAGUGGGCACAUACUGUGUAAUUAAAGCACUGAAGUCUGCUCAGAAUUGUUGUGUUGCUAAUGUACUUAAGAAUUAGUGACAUCUAGUGGUGACACUGCAGACUGUAAUAAAUGGAGGACUCCUCUGCUCACCCCCUCACUUUCCCAGGUAUUUCAGGAACUGGCAAGGGAGAACCCAAAAAACGAGGCAGGCAAGUUUGUGGAGGAAAAGCCACUUUCUAUCCUGCCCACUCAGUCCCUCCAUCAUGUGAACUGUGAACAUGAUACAGGACAUCACACCACACUCCCAAAAAAGUCAAAUCUUGAUCGAAUUAGAGCCACAUAAAUAUGUUUCAGGAACCAACAUCAGCUCUCCAAUCCCGCCUUACCAGACAUUUACAUUCAUCCUUCUUGUGUUGGGGUUUAUUGGCCUCUUUCUGAUACUUUGAUGUAAAAUGAUCAAAGGACACACGUGUUUGUCAAAAAUGUACCAUCCGUGUUAAAUUUACGACUUAAUGACGACAUUCAUCCAAUUGUUUUCUAAUCUUUUCUAAUUUUACAUCAAACAAGUUGACCUGACUUCACACAUACUGCACCAGCACGCCCUCUUGUGACCACUGACAGGAGGUGGGACUUGACUUGGUUUGUUCUUGAGCUUCUGUUGCCAUAGAAACGUGGCUGUAAACAAAGAACAGUAGCUACAGUCGCUGCAGCUGCACAUGUGCACAGAUACUUGUCAGUAUUUACGGCGAAAAUGGCUCAGAAGAGAACUUAUCAGCCAAAGGUGAAGAUCGGGAAUUGGACUGAGGACCAGCAACUAGAAGAGGAUGCAAAGAAAGAGUACCAGGAGAAAAAGGAACGGGGAGAACUCACUUCCCAAAAAGAAGACUUACUGAAACGCAACAUGUUUACACCCGUGAAUCUCUCUGUGACUACUGAUGGAAAUGUGCACAUUGGGGAUGUUGUAAUGCUGGUGAACGCUGGCGGGGGCAACAGGGAGUGCAGCGCAGUGAGCAUCAACACAGACAUCGACAGGUUGAUUAAGUUUCCCUCGACCACCAUUCAGACGCCGUGUGAAGUCUGUGCAGGACGAAUCAUCCAGCCCUGCACACGCACCGCCUUCAUCAUCACCAGUGUAGACGACAGCCCUGAAGGAUCCACUCUGUAUUAUGAGCAAACCUUUGCCCUAAAAACAACAAGUGGCUUUGCCAGAGGGCUUUACUUGACAAGCGACCUACGGAGUUUUCAAAAGUAUGCAAAGAAGUCCCGUCUCCAGGAGGUCAACUUAGUGGAAGACACUUCCUACCUGUCGUGGUGGAAAAUCGAGUAUUUUAACCCCCAGGAGAGGCUGGAGUUCGAGGGUCAGCCUGUUCCUGCUAAUGUGAAUGUGGUGAUCAAACACUGUAAGACCAACCGGGCUCUUGCUGUUCUGAGCGAUCACAUCAUCUGGACCGCGUGUGGCAGAGAGUACGAGUUGACCGCUCACACAUUCUUGGAUUCCCACAAAGCUGAACAGGACACAAACCACUGGAUGCUGUGCACAUCUGCCCCUGUAGGAGGCAGGCUUUUGAUUCCCAACCACUCAAAGUUGGCAGACGACGACAACAACACGGAGCUCACUCAGGAAAACCUGGACUAAAUGUAACACAAUCCACUCUUGUGUUGUUAUGAAGAAAUGGAGUAGGUUGAUUUAUUUCUUUUGUUGCUAGGCAGCAGCAUACAAAAGUAAAAUGACAUUAAAAGGACAUUACAGUGAUCCUGUGAGUCGGCUUACGGUGUGAUAUUCUUAGUGGCUAAUGAUAAAUCCAAUAUAUUUUUGUUAUUUUGGCAU